AUGGCGACGACAGGCUCUCUUCAGCAACCACUGGACAUGAUCCGCUUGAAUCUAGAUGAAGUAAUAUAUUUGAGAUGUAAAGGUGGUAGAGAGAUAGUUGGAAGAUUACACGCCUAUGAUGAGCAUUGCAAUAUGAUCCUGUCCGACGCCAAGGAGACAAUUACAACUGCCGAAAUUGAGCCAACAACAAAUGAAGAGAUCAAAAAGAGUGUACAGAGGGACAGUGGAACUGUAUUCAUACGCGGGGAUUCCUUGAUUCUCCUUUCUCACCAUGAACAGUAG